AUGCGGGUGCAUGUGGGUCCACAUCUGCGCGAGCCCGGUACCCGAGAGUAUGUGGGUGCCCUCGCACGCUGCCAUGAGCGCGUGCACCACUCCUUCAUCAAUGUCCUGCCGAGGGCUCUACAGCAUCCUCCCGCGGGCUCUUGCCUCCAUCUGAAAAGCAUCUGCUGUGCCCGCGACGACCUGCGCCUCCUGGAACUGAUGGCCAACGACAUCCAGGAGGCGAGCUACAAACGCAGCGGGGACGCGCUCGGCUUUCACAGGAGCAGGAAGCACAAGGUCAUCUAUGGCGAGGCGCUGUCCGAGUCCCAGGCGUUUGUGCGUGUCGUGAAGCAUGUCCUGGGCCUCUUCGAUCUUACAUUGGUCGACUGCUGGGCGAACUUGUACAGAGGCGAGGACGACAUGAAGUCCAUGCACCACGACAACUACCAGGAUCGCACCCCACGCGCUACAGUGACCAUGGGGGUAAGCCUCGGACAAGCGCGGCACUUCACCUUCCAGAACCCUGUGACCAAAGAGGAGCACAGCGUGGUCCAGGAGAAUGGUGACAUCUUUGCUUUCGACGAGCCCUUCAACAACCUUUUCAAGCAUGCCGUUCCGCCCGAGGAAGAAGGCACGGCCCCCGGAAAGAGGAUUGCCAUCAUCAUCUGGGCCAAUGAACAGGGCUCCGUCCCGCGGAUGAUCCGCGCCAAGAAUCCUGGGAUGCGUGACAUUGUGCCACUGGAGGUGGACUGGGAGUCCUGGGGCAAGUGCUGCCCCGGCUCACUCUCCAGGAUCGGCCGUCAAGGUGAUGUCGAAGCAUCACUACUGGAUGACUACUUGAAGGCGCAAGAAGUGGAACCUGAGCCCGUGGCGCCUGUCCUGCUCAAGGCUUCGCCGGACGUUACACGUCGCUGGAGGUCUGCACCCAAAGAUGCGUCGCAGAAUCCAUGUCUCAGUCAAGGCUAUCCCUUGCAUCGAGUAGCUAUGGACACGUCGCCCCUCCUGCAUGGCGCGCUCAUGAAGGCAAAGCCACAGCAGACUUUCUACAGGAGUUUCGCGACGAAGAGCCAAGUCCCCGCGGAGGAGGCCAUCCCGAAUUCCACGUCCAUCUAUGCCCAGUUCGGCCGUUGCGCGAAGCCCACCGCAGAAGACCCCGGCCCGCUCCUGUCGGCAGCAUGA